AGUUUCGUUUCGUUAGUGCCAGAGCGAAGUUUGGUAAGCGGACGGUUAACACGGUUAAUUCGAUAGUCCAAUUGAGCGAAUUCUGUGGUACACAUUGUACAUGUGAAUAAUGUGUGUGCGCUCGCUUGUUUACUUUGGAAGCGAUGAGGAAAGUGAAAUUAGUGAAAUUGUGAAACAUAAAUAUCAAAAGCCAUCGACCUUAUCCCUCUAAAGUGUUAAAAUAUUUGCGCUAAAUUUCUAUCGAUGAGCUUUUAUGAGCAUUUUAAUGUGCUUCCAUUGUCAGCUGUUGUUAUAACGGUGAAAUAUUGUGGCAAAUAUUUGAAAAGUAUACGUUUGCUGAUUUUCGCUGGCACCCAGUCAAUGUGUAACAUACUUAAAUAACCACUGGUAGCACGAGAGAGGCACGGAGAAAAAACGUUUCGCUAUUUAUGCGGAAAAAUUUGUACAACAUCGUCAUCAACAUUUAUAGUAAUUCAGUUCCUAAAAUUCUUCUAAAAAUAUGAAUCAAAAAUUGUCGCUGUUUUGUAAAGUCGCUGCCGAAGUUUAACUCUUCGUGGUAUCGGUUUUGAAAUAAAAAGUGCCGAAGUUUUCCUAUUCGCGCGAGUAAUUAUUUGGUUUUCUGCCGAUGGAGCUGCUGCUGACGAUUAAAGUGAAAAAUCAAGUCGAGCAAAGUGCAAAGAGUUUUUGUGCGUUCGUGCAAGUUUGGCGCAAAAUGUUUGAUUUUGUUCGGUUCUCGGCUAUUAAUUAAGUAAUUUUAAUUGGAAAAGUUCAACGACACGCAUGUGCGAAAUUCGCAGAUAGUUUAGAAAAAAAUGAAAUAAAAUAAUCGAAGUUAAGAAGGUGUUAAGAUUAAAAUUCGAAAUACAGAAAAAAAUACACCGAAAAAAAUUUAAUUUAUUUAAAUUAAAUAUUAACGAAGUGAAAUAUAUUAAAACACCAACGAAUCUGAAUGCUCAAAGACGUUUCUAAGAUAGGCGACCGAAAAUCUACAAAAUUAGCUCAACAACAAUUGCAUAGCGUUCAUUUUGUCUUGGACAAAAACCGUUAGCUGUACGAGGGGCGAAGUAUUUGGCAAACUGGAUUAUACCACAGAUAAUAACGGGCCAUGGGAGAAGAAUCCGGCUGUCGCUGUGAGUGCUGCUGGCAAUGUCGGCAGCGGCGGUCACGGUUCUGGCAGCACGACGUCACUGGCCAGUGGUGGCACCACAACAACAACCACCGUAGCGCCAAUCACCACUGUCGCUGGCAUUAAGCCACUGCAACAGCAAUUACAACAACAAUUGAUGCACCAGUUGCAACAACGGCAGCUGCAACAACAUCAUCAACACCACCAACACGUACAGGGCGCAGCUGGCGCUGGCGCCGGCGUCGGUAGUAGCAUCUCGGCAGGUGGCAACAGUUCGGCUACGGGCGGGGGAGGGCACUCGCAUUUGCAUGCCACCCAUUCGCACCCGCACCAACACGCCCACGCGCACACCCAUACACAUGCACAUCAGCAUGUGCAUCACCAAACCGCUAGCGUUGCACUGUUACAGCAACAGCAGCAACAACAAAAGCAAUUGCAACAUCAACACUCGCAUCCACCAUUGGCGCCACACGCACAUCCGCCGUUGCAGCAUCAUGUUUCGCUGGGCGGCGCCGGAAGUCAUCGCUAUCAGUCCAUGGUGGCAGCUGUUGUACAACAGCAGCAAUUGCAACAACAACACCAACAACAGCAGCAGCAGCAGCAGCAACAGGCAACGCAGCAGCAAGCACAGCAACAACAACAGCAGCAGCAGCAACAGCAUCAUCACCAUCGCCAACAUUCUACGCCGCAACAUCACCGCUCGUCAUCACAACAUACCGCCACCACCAUAAGACGCCGCACACUCUCUCACGUGUCACGCUCUUAUUCGGCAUCAGCGGCCGCCGCAGCCGUAGCAGCAGCAGCAGCUGCCGCCUCAUCCAAUGCAAAUGCAAAGAACUCUAGCGGCGGCGGCGGGGGCGGUGGCAGCAUACAGGUCACCACGAGUGUGGAACGCUCCCGUUGUCGAUCACCAAUGAUGCUGUGCCACAGCCACAGCGAUGGCGAGUUUCCCAUGUACAAAGGUAAGUACAACAACAGCUAA